GAUGGUGCAAGAGAUACCAGCCACCCCUCCUUAACCAGCACCUCCCCCCCCACCUCACCACCUCUUUCCUCCCAUCGCCGCCCACUUCCACGUGAUGUGGGCAAACCAGUCAGCGAGUGGGACUGGGGAGUCUGGACAUAUUGGGGAGCCAAGAAGGGGGAUGGGGGACAAAAAGAGCCCUGCUGCCCCUGACUCCCUUCCCUGGGAAGCUGGAGCAGGCAGGAACCAAGGCAUCUCUUAGCCCUCUGCCUUCCUCACAGCGAGGGGGUGUCCUGCCCCACGGCCUCAUCCCCACCACCCCUUGCCCCCCCCCAGCACCGAAGGCUGUACCCACUCGAGACCGCUCCGGCCACUGCUCGCCGCAGGGGAAAAGUGGAGCCUGGGGUUUUCCACCCGCUCUUCAUCGCUCUGGAUUGUGGCCGGGGAUCCGGCUGGGGUCUGGGGGGUCCCGUCACGAGAUGUACCAGAGUUUAGCCAUGGCAGCUAACCCCGGCCCUCCAACAUACGAGGGGGCAGGUGGCUUCAUGCACAGCGCGGCCGCAGCGUCCCCCGUCUAUGUGCCCACCACGAGGGUCACCUCCAUGCUCCCCAGCCUGCCUUACCUCCAGAGCAGCGGCUCUUCCCAGCAAGGCAGCCCAGUCUCCAGCCACUCCAUCUGGACUCAACCCGGAGCCGAAAGCGCCGCUUACAACCCCGGAUCUUCUCACCCCCCUGUGUCACCUCGGUUCUCCUUCUCCACCAGCACCCCCAUCCCUGCUACCUCUUCCCGGGAAGCUGCAGCGGCUUAUAGCAGCUCCUUGAACCUUUCUGCUAACGGGAGGGAGCAGUACAGCCGGGGUUUCGGCAGCUCCUACUCCAGCCCUUACCCAGCUUACAUGAGUCCUGAAAUGGCCACCACUUGGACUUCUUCACCCUUCGACAGCCCCAUGCUGCACAACCUGCAGAGCCGAGGGACGCCCGCAGCCGCCCGGCACGCCAACAUAGCAGAAUUUUUUGAUGAUUAUUCAGAAGGGCGAGAAUGUGUCAACUGUGGGGCCAUGUCCACCCCACUCUGGAGGAGAGAUGGCACGGGGCACUACCUCUGCAAUGCCUGUGGGCUCUACCACAAGAUGAAUGGCAUCAACAGGCCCUUGUUCAAACCUCAGAGGAGGCUGUCGGCUUCCCGCCGCGUCGGCCUCUCUUGUGCCAACUGCCACACGACCACGACCACGCUCUGGCGCCGGAACGCCGAGGGAGAGCCCGUCUGCAACGCCUGCGGGCUCUACAUGAAGCUGCACGGGGUUCCAAGGCCUUUAGCAAUGAGAAAAGAGGGCAUCCAGACGAGGAAGCGCAAGCCGAAGAACCUUAACAAAACAAAGACACCAGCAGGUCCAUCCAGCAGUGAGAGCCUUACUCCAACCACCAGCUCCACCAGCAGCAGCAGCAGCACCACAACCACUGAGGAGAUGCGCCCCAUAAAAACAGAACCUGGGCUCUCAUCUCAUUACGGGCACCCCAGUGCAAUUUCUCAGGCAUUCUCAGUCUCUGCCAUGUCUGGACACGGGUCAUCUAUCCACCCUGCGAUUUCAGCUCUGAAGCUUUCCCCACAGGCUUACCAGUCAGCUAUCAGCCAGUCUCCACAAACCAGCUCCAAACAGGACUCCUGGAACAGCCUGGUGUUAGCUGAUAACCAUGGGGACAUCAUAACUGCGUAACCUGGUCUUCCAUCCAUGAACUUCAGGCUGAUCUGCUUGAGAGAUGAAGAAGAUGCUGUGUAAUCAUCAAGUCAAUGUUGUUUCCCACCUCCUUUCUUCUCCUGCCUUCUCUCCCCUCGUGAGAUGUUCCAGCAAAGAGAUAAAGAGGACUUACCUGAGGUGCAGGAGAGCUCUUACACAACAAACAGAGAAGACUCAAAUCUCAAAGUAACUAAUAGAUUUGAAGCCUUUUUUCCCCACUUCAAAUGAGCCUCUCUAUUUGAUUGUCACCAACUUCUAUAAAAUAGUCAGAAAUACAAAGACGGACACAGUUCUUGAGUUUAUUAAAGUAUCUGACAUUUAAGGCUCAGACAAUGGUGGAGCAGAGACACUUUUUUUUUUUUUCUUCUGUCAGCAUCUGUUAUUUUCCAGACUAGGAGAAAAUGCCACCAUCUUCUCAUUACCCAAAUUCAGUGAUCUUCCAUCAAAUGAAGCCAGUUCCAGAACAGUUUGUUGAACAGACUUCACUAGACAUCUUGUGGUGGCUGUAGUGGAUUUUAUAUGAUCUAGGACAGAGAAAAAGAGAUCCUUCCCCACACUCAUCCUCAGUUCAUACAUCUAGAGCAUUGUCUUCAUUUUCCUAGGUGGUCUGAAAAGCUAAUGAAUGUCUGUAUUUAAUAGUAACUCCUUUCCUAUUUAUCAUUACAAAAUCAUGGGACUGUGUUUCCAAAAAGUUGUUGCCUGAGCCUGGAGAAAGUCUGUUCAAAGUCAAAGAGAGAUUUUGGAAUGAGGAACCUUGUGGAAGCAGGUAGAGAAGACCCAUAUUGGUCAUCAAAUCCUGGAGGAAAUCGCUGGGCUCUUCCCUUGUGGAUAGCUACAAGCAAGGCCUAGAGGUUAUUCAAUAGCACAGCAAGUGACAGAUGCUCUUCUAAUGCUGCUGUGCCAUUGCUUCUGAGACAGUUAAUUUAAUUAUUUUGCAAACUUUUUGGUUGGUUUUGAUGUCAUAGAUGAAAUCUGACUGUGAUUUAUUGCUGGCUGUACUGUGAGGGCCCACUUUCCCCCUCACAGCUCAGGACCAUUUCACAUGUCUAAGCCUUCAGGAUUUCACCUUUCUCACCAAGCAAAGGCUUCAGCUUCUAAUGGGGCAGGCAGGGGAUGUUUUCUUUACCAAGCAUGUGCAUAGACUUGCUUGCCUGCAAGAGAAGGAAAACUGCAUUCAUGCAUGAGUAUUAACCAAGACCUGUGUUUUUCUUGCCCAUAAAGCUCUCAGCAACCAGGGGAUCUUAGCAAAUGGAGUUGGAAGAGAUGCUGAGAGCUCACUGACUCAUUCCCCUUUCCCAAAGGGAUCAAUCCUACGUAACCUCACCCUGGCUGCUCUUUCUCUAGCAUGUGCUUAACAAACUCCAGCACCAUAGGUGCCACAGCUCUCCUGUGCAGUCUCAGUGCUUCACCAGCUGCUUGCCAUGGUGUUCUCAUCAACAUUUCUGAAGAGGGACAGCUUUGCCUCUCCAGGCAGAGAAUUUCUGGGAGAGUUCAUCCUACAAGAUUCUCCACUCUUGUUUCUUUCAUUCCCAAACUGUUACUCUUCUUGGCUCCUCAGCUCCCCUCUUUCCUCCCUGCAUCCAGAACCCAAGUUAACAGAACUACCAAGUGAAAAUCUAGAAGAGGGAUUUUGCAUCCCCCCUAAAUGUGCCACCCUCUGUUUAACACCCACUGUUUAACAUUACCGAAAAGAAUGUUUCCACCCAAGCACCAAGAUACAUGCCUUGGUGAAGAGGACAGACAUGUUUGAAACAAAAGAAUGGCACCGUAUUGUCUUGGUUUGAACUCGCAAUUUUCCUCCUAAUGUUAGAAAAGCUUCUCUAAGGAGAAGGACUCAACUGGACUGGUUAUGGUAAAGACUGGGACUGGAGUCACAGUAGAGACCUGGACGCUUCCAUACACUUCCCUGUGCUCUGUGUAACUCAGAUGUGCAGGGUUUUGGAGAAGUGACAGAGCCUCUACACUCCCCAGGCAAAACCACCAUGGCAGUGAUGCCAUGGGAAUAGCUGGAUGGUGUUUGCAUCAGAGUUUCCUCUCUGUCUUGCUGAGCUAAUGUAGGGUCUAGCCUCAUUAGUGUUAAUUACAGCCAAGGAAAAGAAACAGUAACAAAACCAAAUUAAAUCAUGUUGUUCUGCUCAAGCCUCGUAGGCUGCAGAGAAGAGGCUAGAAAUAGUCCUAAAAAUGUGAAUUUGGGCUGAAAUCAUAAAGCCAUUUUCCCCCAGACAUGCAAGUCUUUAGCCAGCCUCCUUGAACUAUAUUUCCUGCCUGUGACUGAGAAGCAUGCACCAUAAUGAUGCCCCUUGGCUAAUGCACAUGUUUGGGAUAUCCUGGACAACCUGAGAGGGAGGGAAGAAGGUGGUCUCCAGGAGAGGAGCUAAGGUCCAGACCAACCACAUGCUCCAUUUCUUAUUCUAUCUAGAUGCUCCCGGAGGCCCCAUCCACCUUGCUUUAUUCCUGUGCUCCUCCUCAAACACAAACUCCCUAGCUGAAUUUUUCUCCUGCCCUUAGAAGACACUCCAAGGUGCUAUAAAGGAAUCUGCUAGCAGGAAAACCUCUGCAAGACACAGCUUGCCCUAUGCUCCCUCAGGUUAUCUAAACGACCCUGGUAGAGAUUUGUUAACUGGUUCUCAGCCUUCCUCAAGGACUUAAAAAAAAUUAUUGAAACACAGUGAGGGGUAUUUACCAGGACCCUGGUAACAGGAUGAUAAGUCUGCUUUAAGAUGAGGCUCUGGGGGCUGUGAGGACAAUCUGGCUCUCUUUAGCAGAAUAAAUUAGGUCUCCUGUGUGAUGCACUCUAGGUGACCCUGCUCUGGCAGGGGGGUUGGACUAGAUGAUCUUUCGAGGUCCUUUCCAACCCCUAUGAUUCUAUGAUUCUAUGAUUCUAUGAUUUUGCCCCUCCUUUUGCACCUCAAGCAGUAGAAGUCAAGAUGCACCUAGUUCUGUUCUUCUUUUCAGUCACCCAAAACUGUGGUAGAGCUAUUGUUGGUCCAAGAGCAUUUGCCAUAUUCUGGACAACACUGAUACCAAGAUAGUGAGAGGCUGAGCUCAGACUGAGCACCAUUAUGGUAGGUGUUGCACAAACACACCACAACAGAUGGGUCCUGUCCUAGGGAGUUUGUAACAAUAGAAUUACAGAGCAAUUUAAGUCAGAAGGGACUAGAUCAGGUGUCUCAGGUCCCUGCUCAGGCAAGUUUUAAAUAUCUCCAAGAAUAUAAAUCCUACAGCCUCUCUGGGUUCCUGAUCCAGUGUUUGACCACCCUUACGGUGGAUUUUUUUUUUUUUCCCAAAUAAAUGUUAGAUAUUAAUGAGAAACAAAAUCAUUGGUAAAUCAAUUGCUUUGCCUUGGGGAUUCCCAAAAAAUGAGUCAUUUCAGGAGACUGAAUGUUGGAUCCGAUCCCAGGAGUCACAGACAGCCCCUUCUUGCAGGUAGGAGCUGGGAUGGCCAACACAGGAUGACAAACACCAGAAGUGACACACUAAGGAAUUCUCACAUGACAAGAGAAUAGAAGGGCAACCAGUUUCAGGAGACUCAGCUCAUUCUAGCAAGAGGGGCAAUUAAAAAAAUUCUGAGUUCCAUCUGAGCUUUGCUUUCCUUCCCCCGAUGGCAUUUAGAGCCUGCUUUGCUAAUGAAAUUAGAUACAAUUAUUAAAGACUCAUUAAGACUAGAUAAUUAUUGCUAUUAUUGCAAUAAUUUAGUCCAUUGCAGCAUGGCUAGAUAGUGAGGACCAUACCAGGCCAGAUCCUUCACAAGUGCAGGACCAAGAACCAUUCCUGCCCUUGGGAGCAAGAGGGAAGGGCCCUGUCCUACAAAACCCUUAGACACAUGUAACAUACAUUUGUGGGACUUGGUCCUUUAGAGGUCAUCAUCAACAUGUGCAGAUUUUGAUGUCCAGUCCAAGGCUUUGCAGCACAAGGUUUGAUGGUGCCAAACCAGACCUUUGCAAUGGCUUAGUGGUCACCAGGGUGAGAUGGGCAGAUGAGAACCAAGAUGGGGAGCCAAAGGGGUAAAAAGGUCAUUUCACCAUCUCUAAAUGUCUUUCCUCGUUAUGGAAGUGCAAUACCUUGAAUCACUUCAGCUAUUAUUUUGCAAAUUUAUCAAAAGACACCCUUCUUUUUCUUGCAAUCUUAUGGGCUGGCUGGAGAGGGUGCAAUCAGAAGGAGCUCAGGAAUUAUCUAAAUGAGCUUUAAAACCAAUCAUCAACUCUUAAUGUAACAUUGAAGCUGUGACUACGUCAGGGGUGGUGUUUUGUUUUGCUUUUUUUUCUCUCCAUGUAUAAAUUUGAAGCUCCCCAGGCCAUCUGGGAAUUUGCCAUGGAAACAGACACCUAUUUUUAAGGGGGAGAAGGAAACCAACCAACUGAACAAGCUGUAAUUAUUUAAAGAUGUAAAAAAUAUAUAUUAUGAAGUAGUAUGGCUAUCAAUCCACUUAUCUUCUACACCUUUAGAACUAAUGGAAAUAAAACAAUUAUAAUAAAACCAGAA